AUGUCGAAAAUAUCCAAGAUCAAUCAUGCGGCGGGCAUCUUCGCCGACAUCUCCGUCGAUGGCCCAAUUAUCGGCACCUUGGUCUGUGUCAUUGACCGAGCUAAGAACCUGCCCAACAGGAAAACGAUGGGCAAGCAGAAUCCAUAUGCUGCCGCACGAUUAGGGAAAGAGGCAAAGAAGACACAAACAGAUUUGCGAGGAGGACAGACUCCGCGAUGGGAUUCCGAACUCCGAUUUACCGUACACGAAUCCCCAGACUACUUCAAAUUGAAGGUUUCGGUUUUCAACGACGAUAAGAAGACUGAUAUGAUUGGCGAAACCUGGGUUGAUCUACAGAACCUGAUCAUUCCAGGCGGGAGCCAGAACGAUCAUUGGCACCCGCUUCAAUGCCGUGGGAAAUAUGCAGGAGACAUUCGAAUUGAAAUGACAUACUAUGAUACCCGCCAACAAGAUGAGGCCAUCAUUGGACGCCGACAAGAAGCCGCAGAUAGGGUUCAAGGCAAAAUCUCAAGUACUCCUAGCAGUGCGAACACGGGCCUGUCUGGUCCUCGACAAUUGAAAGACGUCAAGCGACGGCCAUUGCCCAGCGGUCCACCAGGCGCCCCGGUCCGGCCUGCACCUCUGGAACAUGCUCAGUCUGCCCCUGUACUUCACCACCCUGUACCAUCAAGGCCGGCCAUUCCCGACCAUUCACACACACUUCCCGGGCCUCCAGAUGUCGUCUCCCACGCAUCGAGACAUCCAGAGCCAGUCUAUGAGGCACCUUCUCAUCCCGAACCCUCCCCUCUCCGGCCCCGUUCACGGAGUGGAUAUGAUGGUCCUAGUGAACAUCAUCCACCGGAAUGGGACAACUCAGCCAUGGCUCCUCUUCGCCGACAGAAUACCCACGAAUUGCCUUACGCCUCUAAUGAAGCCACUGAAACCCCAUACGACCCGCGCCUACAGCAACAGCAACAACUGCGGAGUUACGCCUCUAAUGAAGCCACUGAUGCGCCAUAUGACCAGCAUCUACAGCAACAGCAACAACUGCGGAGCUCCUCCAAUCAUGACCAACCACCUUCAAGAGAUUAUCGGGUAGCCAGGCAAGAUCAGCAUGAGAAUGUCCACGAUCUUGCAAAUCACCAUUCCUUGCAACAGGAGACAUAUGCUCAAGCUCAAAUACAGCAACCUCGAUACAACCCAGAUCCCAUGUCAUAUGGGGCCGCCCAUGUGUAUGAGCUCCCAGGGUCAGACUUCAUGUCUUCCUCUCCAGCGCUGGUGGAUGACCUGAGAUAUCACCAGCCCAGCAUCCGCCCUCUACAAAUCACCGCCCGACCCCACGAUUAUCAUCCGGAGUAUGCUGGAAUGCAACCACGUGUAGAAGACGAAGACGAGGACGGACCACCGCCCCCUCCACCAGUUCAUCGGUCGCAUGGGGCACACCCUCAAUUACCUACGCCGAGAUCCUCGCAUGACCCCUACGCACCAACGUACACAACCCAGUCGGCGUCUCGGUCACCGGUCCCUCAGCCUCCCUCGACUAUGUACACGCCAUCUUCCCAUGAUCGCUACCAGGAGCCUUUUGCCAAGGGCAGUUCCCCCGCUAUGCCCGCCAGUCUCGUGGCAGGAUACGAAUCCGGUGACUCCGCUGAGAGGGCCGCUCUCGAAAGUUCUGUUCGCGGACGCAGCACGCAUUGGGACGAUGAGAUGAUGCUUACUCAAGCACCUGUGCCUGUUGCUGUCCCCGCGUCAGCACCAGUCCAUCACGAUACCCCCGUCUAUCCUCUGCGAACUUCCCCGCGACCCAUCGAUCAAAGGCCCACUUCAAGCCGAGGUGGAUCUGUCAGCCCUGACUCGCGGGCUGUGACCCGAAAGUCAGUCAGUCCUCGACCUACCUCAUCAGAUGGCCGUGGUGGCUCUUCAAUCCCCUUCUCCCCAGACUCCUACAAUUCUCUCAAUCCGAAUACCUCGCAUACUCCCAGCCGGGAUCCUUCCCCAGCAUAUGACUCGCCUCUGCAAGCCAGAGACGCCGCGGUGCGUGCUAAGGUCGAAGCAAUGCGUGAUGCUGAACAGCCAAUUAUCGGUGACGAUGGCCGUGAGAUCGAUCCUUCUGACCACCUACCCACGGAUACAUGGGCUCCGGAACCAGAGAGAAAGAACCGCAAGCCUGAAGUCAUAAUCCGCUUCAAACACCAACCUCGACCAACAUCGAGAGGCAACGACGCUCCCUCGACUCGCAGCCCAGGCCCACCGCGCGUCGGUUUCAGAUCAGAGACAACCACCUAUCCCUCCGAUCGUCCGGUCAAAUACACACCCACCCACGUGCAGGCAAGCCCAGGGUCAAUGGUGCGCACCCCGCCUCGGCCAGAAUACAGCCGUGAGCGCUCUGACAGCUACGCACAAAGCCGUGCAUACAACACGCCCACUUCCGUUGACCGACCCCGCUCUUCGCGCAGCUCUGUUUCGCCUUCGCCGGGUUCUCGGUCUCCACUGUAUGACUACAACGCGGGUCCCCCGAUUCCUAAUAAAGUGCCAGUCAUCGGAGGAAGCUCUGGCUACCCCGUGAUGUCUGGCAACCCCAAUGGCGGGAAUGUUCGCAUGGAUGCCUUGAGUCGGGAGCUGAGCACGAUCGAUAUCGGCUCUCCGACUUGUAGCCCUGGUCGUGGGGCUGUACGCAAGUACGUACCCAGAGCUCCCGCAUCAAUGGGCUAUGCCAGUUAG